AUGGCAGCUGUGCCCGGUUCUGAUGUUGUGGUUGGCGAACCGUCCCUGGCGCCCGAGAGACCAGACACAGUCCGAGAAAAGACUUCUCAGCAAGGCGAAGCCCAGACUAGGGACAACUUUCAACGUGCUAGCGUUCAAGAUGCCCAAGAACCCGUCGCGAAGCAGACAGGCUCGGCAGCAUUGAUGGAAGAGAUCCAUAUGCUUCGAGAGCAGCUCUUCAAGCUCGGCGACCGCGUGGCUGAUCAGAUGGGGCAUGAAAUCAAUGAUGAUCCAGAGACGGAUGCGACGCAGGAUUCUGAGCUUGUAAAAGAUGACAGUAAAAGAAGCCGACGACGCCGCAAAGCUACAAAGUGGGUCGGGAAGAGGGAGACUCGUGCUGCCGAGCUUCAGAAGACGGAUCGAACGCGUGGAGAAAUGCCUUAUCUGGUUUUCAUCCAAGAUGAUGGAACUAACGACUUUGACGCAUCCCUCAAACCCAAGACAGGUCGGGAAGAAGACAUCUAUUGGGAUCUAGCUUAUGCAGAUCGCGGCUUCGGACCCUCCAGGAUCUCAACCACCACACGCCGCGUAUUACCCAUGACUUCUCUACGGAAACAACACUCUCGCAAACUUGGGCCGCCCACGCAAUGGGAUACAUCUGACAGCGAUCAAUGGGACAGCGACGACACGACCAGGACGAAGGACUUUGACUACUUUCGGGCUAGGCUCAGGGGAGACUUUGAAUGGGAGAUUGAGCGCUUGAUGGCACAAAAGGAAAGAUACGAGAGGAACAAGAAGAAGAAAAAUGAACUGGCCAUGAAAGGGAAACACGCAAAGACUUCAAAGCCGCGAGAGUCCGAACAACACGCAUUGCUCACAGUCUUUCAAUCCACGUGGCCCGGCUUCGAUGCCAUGUGGGAUCAACCACUUGAGAAUGCAUUUGCUAUCGAUGUCCUGAUUGGCGAGCCUCAGAUCACAUUACCCAGUUAUUUUGAUAAAGGGUUCCUGUCGACCAGCAGACGCCGGAAACAUACAAUGAAGAAGGAGCCGGAAGCGCACUCGGGCUCUAGCUUGCCCGAAAGAAUCAGGAUCCAUUCGAAACAAAUCAUCAAAACACUGUCAGUCAUAUGUGGCGAGAAACUGAACCCAGAAGAUGAUGACGGCCCGGUCGUCCUUCUCCGCCCAUUCCGACUUCUUACAGCCUAUGCUACCGACAUAAGAGAAUGGCAUUCCAACUUGAGCCAUGCUACAGAGGCUUCCACGGUGGCCGCGACGACAACCGGCCUUACAAAGGAACCUGAGACAGCAGGCCAACAAACUACCCAUGGAGAUAAUGGACAGCCUAUCUCAAACAAUAAUGUCAAGCCGGCAGAUGUUUCGUCGGACGAGAAGAAAGAGACCGACCCAGCAGCAGAGAUUGACCCCCUGGGAUACAGCAGGUCCAAGAAGGCAGCCGCACACCUUGAAUGUCUCAUCGAGUUCAUGGACGAUUAUAUUGUCAAGAGACAGACGUAUCUUAACAGUUCAAGCUGCAGUAAAGUCUUCUUUUCUGAUCUAUGGCACCUCUACAAGCCGGGCGACUUUGUCAUUUCUGCAGAAACCAAGCAAAUUUUCCAGGUCUUUCGCGUGGACCUUGCACCUCAUCGCGCCGAAGGCCCUUGGGCUGCUUAUUUUCAGAAACCAAACGACGGCGAAAGUGACGAGGAGAAGAUGGCAGAUAACUUCAUCACCAUUGGCUGCGUACAUAUCGACUUUGAUGGUUAUCAGCUCGGACCAGUGAUAAACCAAAUCACCAUCGACAGCUUCAAUGGCGAGAAGCCUGUUACCUCUUUGGCCGUAUAUCCCCUUCGGCUUCAUCACCAAAAAGAUGUGGAGACCAGAUCUACUAUGUCCGAGCAGAGUGAGCAAGCCGCCGAGAAUCAUUUGGAAAAGCUACGAGAGAGGUUGAUCCAAAGAGGUCGACUUUUCGUCGAUGUCGCCGGUAUCAAACACAAAUACUACGCCGGACUCACCGUUAGAACGAUGGAAGAGAUAGAAAGCCAGGUGAUGAUCGAUUUCCAGGAGGCCUUUGCAGUGGAGAAGAACAAACAUUGGACUCCGAAAAUUACUCGACUAGCAGGCCAGCCGGAACCGCGCGAUGAUCGCGAAUGUCGUGCGGAAUGCUGUGUCAGAGAAACCGUUUUCAAUGACAGCUUUAUCGAUUACUCACGCUAUCGUGAUUUCAUACAGCGCCUAAUGCCAGGGGUUGAAGGGAACCAAGUCGCCCUUCCCUCAGUAGCCGUGUUCCCCAGGUGGUUCAAGGACAUGGCCGCAAACAAAGAUAGUCUCACUGACGACGAGCUUCUCAUAAUGUCAUAUGAGGUUCCAGGAUUUGUUCUCAGAGAUCGCACAUGGGCCUGGCUCGAUCUGGAAUAUCUGAGCGAUGUUGUCAGUUCUGUCGAGGGCGGCAAGGCCUAUCCCACAUCUAGUGACGACGACGAAGAAGACCAUGGCGCCUUUGGCCAGCUUGUGCUUCCUGAUGGUCACAAGAACAUGGUUCUUUCUCUUGUAUCUCAGCACUUUCGAAACAAGCACAAGGCUCAGGGGAAGGACGAGCAGACUGACAUUGUCAGAGGCAAGGGAAAGGGCUUGAUCAUCCUGCUUCACGGCGCUCCUGGUGUAGGAAAGACCACGACGGCAGGUAGGUGGACGAGACCUUUGGCUGAGCUAUCAGACUCAGAUACUAACUCGUCUACAGAGGGUGUUGCGGACAGAUUCAAAAAGCCGCUUUUCCAAAUGACGUGUGGUGACCUUGGCUCCACUGCUUCUGAGGUCGAAAGGGGCCUGCAAACCAACUUUUCACUCGCCAACAAAUGGGAUUGUGUCCUCCUACUCGAUGAGGCAGACGUUUUUUUGGCCGAGCGAAGACGUACCGACUUUCACAGAAAUGGCCUUGUCGCAGUGUUUCUGCGAGUGCUCGAAUAUUAUGCCGGAAUCCUCUUUCUCACAACAAAUCGCAUCGGAGAUUUCGACGAAGCCUUUGCCUCACGAAUCCACAUGAGUCUAUACUACCCGCAAUUGACCGAAAUCUCGACCAUCAAAGUUUUCAAGCUCAACCUCCGUUUGAUCAAAAAUCGUUACGCCGCUCGGAACCGCAAGAUCAAGAUCGACGAGGACGAGAUCCUUCAAACGGCGGGAGCUCACUGGCGAAGCGAACCAGAGGCACGCUGGAACGGCAGGCAAAUCAGAAACGCGUGUCAGACGGCGCUGGCGCUGGCCGAGUACGAAGCCCAACCCGAAGGGGCCAAGUUCGACCUCAACGUCGACAACGAGGACCGCAGGGUUCAUCUGACGGUCGCUUAUCUCAACAAGGUGACGCAGGCUUACCUGGACUUUAUGAAGUAUCUGAAAGCCGUGCAUGGGACGGACGCAGAGAGGCGGGCGAGGGAGAGCGGGCUGAGGGCGAUUGAGAGCAUGGCUGCGGCUUUUGCAAACAAAGAGGCUGUAAACGUGAGCAGGGGCGAUGGUCUGGCGGCUUGGAAUCUUGCGGGGGGUUCACAGCAGAGGUCUGCAUCGCCUGGAAACCCAGCGCACCACCAGGGCUGGUCCAGUGUUUCUGGAUAUGGUCAGGCGGCGUACGCCCACGAUCCACGAAGUUCUGGAGCACGCAAUUAUGAGCGCGGGUAUCAGACGCAGCCAGUGGUGUAUCCACAGGAGCAAUAG